GCGCGGGCGCUGCCGGACGACUCCGGCCUGCGGGCGUCCAAUGCCGAGGGCUUCUGCAGCGAAGAGGAGUGCUACCUUCAAUCUGAUCGCUGCCGUGGCCUCCGAGCUACCUUGGUGGCCGUGCAGCAAUCGCUACUGGAGUCCCCGAAGCAAAGGGCCUUUAAUUCAAGAAGGAGCAGUGGGAAGAAGAGUUGCUUGCAGAGCGAGGGCUGCAACGGCGGUGAUGGCAGUGCCCGCCUUGAUGCAUUCCUCAGCCUCUUCGGGGCUUCCAGGGAAGUGAAGGUGGCCACUUACAAGGAUGGGCACCCUCUGCGUGUGACAUGCGCCCGUGUGGACCGGCCGGACCAACCUCUUUUGAUCCAGCGUGCGCAAAAGGGCCAGGGCCAUUCGACAGGCGAGAAGGAGGAGGCCUUCCAGGAAGUUGAUGACACGGCCGUACGACAGGCAGCAACACUCGAGUAUUGCAAAGCAGUGUCUGCCUCCAAGAGCAGUCUCCCCUGGCCUCCAAUGGGCUUUGUGUGGGCAGUUUCUA